AUGAAGCUCGUCAUUGCCGUUCCAGCAAUUGCAGCCCUUGUGCUGAGGGCUUGGAAGAAGAAGUCUCUGACCCCCGCAGGUCUGGUAGCUGCUACGGUCACAGCUAUUGCGCACGCCUAUCACCCGUGGAAUCUUCCUUUUGUCCUCCUGGUUGUCUUCUUUUUGGCUGGCACGCGAGUCACUCAUGUCAAGGAAAAUGUCAAGGCCUCGCUCACAAUGAGUGCAAAGGGAACCUCAGGCGGCGAGGGUCCUCGAACGCAUGUUCAAGUCUUUGCCAAUUCGCUUGUGGCAUCCAUCUUGUCCGUGCUCCACGCCAACCAGCUCUACGCUCGAGCUGCUGCCCUCAAGACUCCAGGUGCUCCGGAACCGAAUGGAUCAAUGUGCUACUCAUGGGGAGGCGAUCUCUUCAUCGUUGGUAUUAUUGCCAACUACGCUGCAGUUGCUGCCGACACGUUCAGUUCGGAGCUGGGCAUCCUGUCUAAGAGCGAACCCCGCCUCAUCACGUCGCUUACGCUGCGAAAGGUGCCCCGCGGCACAAAUGGCGGGGUGACGUUAUUGGGUUUGGGAGCUGGACUUUUAGGAUCCCUUACAAUUGUCACGUCUUCUAUGCUAUUCUUGCCAGUCUGCAACGAAUUAACCGUUUCGAAGCGCGGAGGUGGUGACCCCUGGACGGCAGACAACAGGCGGCUAUUUAUGGGUUUCCUGGUCUUGUGGGGUACCCUCGGCAGCGUCUUGGACAGCUUUCUCGGAGCCAUCUUCCAACGUUCCGUGAAGGAUGUGCGGACCGGAAAGAUUGUUGAAGGUGAUGGUGGCUCCCGAGUGCUGGUCUCUAGCGAAGCCGAGGGCUCAGAUAAGCGGGCUGAUAUCAAGGCUUCAUUGAAACACGCAGGGGGUGCGAGUGAAUCAGCUGUUGAUGAGUCGAGUGAAGCCACCGACAAGUUCGACCCCAAGAACAAACAUCGGAAACCUAGCUUUGGUGACGAGCAGCCCUCUCGUGUAGUCGAGAAUGGCUGGGACUUGCUCGACAACAAUGAUGUUAACUUUCUCAUGGCCGUAACCAUGAGCGUUAGCGGAAUGGCGGUAGCCAGCUGGUACUGGGGGCUUCCUUGGCAGAGCCUUCUUACCCCGUGA